AUGGCCUCUCAUUCCGAGUUCGGCGAACGGACGCCCGGAUCCGAGGUGGCAAAGGUGUUCGCGGACAAAAUUCGGGGGAAAACAAUCCUGGUGACGGGCGUCAGUCCCAAGGGGAUCGGCUCAGCGACCGUCCUGAACCUUGCGUCUCAGAACCCCGGCCUUUUGAUUUUGGCCUCCCGUACAAAGGCCCGACUUCAAGAGGUGGCAACCAAGAUUUCGGAAAAGUACCCUACCACCCGGGUAGAAAUCGUCAUUCUGGAUCUGGGAUCACAAAAGGCGAUCCGCCAAGCAGCCGCCGACGUUGCCGCCCUGACUGACAAACUCGACAUCCUCAUCAACAACGCCGGCAUCGUUGUCACAUCCCGCCAGGCGACACCCGAAGGCAUCGAGCAGCAGUUUGGAACCAACCAUAUCGGCCCAUUCCUGUUCACUAACCUCCUCCUACCGUUAUUACGCAAGGCUGCCGAGUUCAACCCCCCUGGUGCGACUCGCGUCGUGUCUCUUACCAGUGCCGGCCACAGAAUCUCCCCCAUCCGCUUCUCCGACUACAACUACGUGGGCAAGCCUGUUCCUCCCGAAGAAGAUCACGUUAAACCGCUGGCAGGUGCUUUCGGGAAGUGCGCCCCUGACGGAUACAACGGCAUUGUCGCAUACGCGCAGUCUAAGACGGGAAACAUCCUGUUCACCGUCUCCCUACAAAAACAUUUAUCGCGAAGCGGCAUCUCUGCCUAUGUUCUUCAUCCCGGAACCAUUGAGACGGACCUCAGCAGGGACCAAGACGACGAGCUCACCGCCCAGUUCUACAAGGUUGCGCCGUACUGGAAGACUCCAGAUGAAGGCAGUUCGACGACGCUCAUCGCUGCGUUGGACCCAGCUCUUAACGGACCCCCAAUGCAGAGACUAAAGGCCUCUACCUCGUCGACUGCCAAUUUACCAAUCCCGCACCUCAUGCCAGUGAUCCCGUUGCCGCUGACCGGUUAUGGAGUCUGA